AAUAGGUUCCUCCCUCAGCAGAUAAAACCAGCCCUGCCAGGACCCUGCAGCUCUGGCAAGGAGCCCAGCCCCAGGAUCCCGUUCUGUGAUCCGGAAAGAACACAGACCACCCGCCAUGGAGUUUCGGCUGAACUGGGUGGUCUUGUUUGCUCUCUUACAAGGUGUCCAGGGUGAGGAGAAGCUGGUGGAGUCUGGAGGAGGCCUGGUGCAGCCUGGGGGGUCUCUGAGACUCUCCUGUGUCGGCUCUGGAUUCACCUUCAGUAGUUAUAGCAUGAGCUGGGUCCGCCAGGCUCCAGGGAAGGGGCUGGAGUGGCUGGCAGGUAUUUAUAGUAGUGGUAGUAGCACCUACUACGCAGACUCUGUGAAGGGCCGAUUCACCAUCUCCAGCGACAACUCCCAGAACACGGCCUAUCUGCAAAUGAACAGCCUGAGAACCGAAGACACGGCCCGGUAUUACUGUGCAAGAGGCACAGUGAGGGGAAGGCAAUGUGAGCCCAGACACAAACCUCCCUGCAGGGACACAGGGUCUGGGCUGCAGGGGGCACUCAGGACCCACAACCACUAUGUGUCCAAUACACUCUCCUUCGACGGAGGUGAAGCCUGCAUCCUGUUCUGCUCUGUGGGUGACAUGUUGCUUCAGGGGACAAGUGGGUCCAGCAGGAGGAGCACAAGUGCAGACACAAGGAGGGACUCCCAGCACGUGUGUGUCCUUGGAGACGCCACAGAACGCUACGCCCCUGGAAAUCAGAAUGGCCCACGAGUGACAGGUGUCUACCGUGACGAAACUGAUGCAAUGAAGAGACAUCUUCGUAAAGGCCAUCCAACCGACCAGCAUCAGGACCCUCAUGCCUGCCUUGGGCACCUGCCACUUUGA